AUGUUUACAACAAAUUCUUUCAUUUUUGUUUUAGAGGUUAUGAAAUUUGCUGCUAACUCGAUAAAUAUGAUUAUAAAAUUUUUCCAACUCAUGGGAACAGUGUUUGGUUUUGUGAGUAGUGACGUAAAAUCCAAGGUAGAUAUUUUGGAAAGUCUGCUAAAUGAUCCUAAUAAUGGAAAAAAUUUCCAAACGUUUAAGUCGAUGAUAGAAUAUGAAAAAAAUAAUGAUUUAUUAGAUAAAGAAGAGUACACUUCUGGCAGCAGAACGUUACUGCGAUUGCAUAGAGGCUUAGAUUUUAUAAGAGAAUUUCUGAAAGCUUUGGGUGAACUGGAUAAUUGUCAAAAGACUAGUCAUGUUUGCCAAAUUGCUUACAAUAAUACGUUAGCUAAAUUUCAUCCAUGGCUUAUUAAAAAAGGAGCUAAUGUAGCCAUGUAUACCAUGCCAACCCGAGAAGUAUUGUUGAAAAAGGUUUGUGGCGAUGAGGAGGAUGUACAAAGAGCUAUUACAGUGCUUCCUAAAAUGCUGUCUGUAACUGCAGAUGUCUAUAAACGAACAGAUGAUUUAUACUCCAAUCAUGAUCUACAUGAUUUGCCCUAGAACUGGGUUACUCAAACACAUGAGUUAUUCCUUUAAAUUAAUUUAUUCACAUUUUAUAUUAAUUUAUUAUUUUUUAGUUCAAUCACACUAGAAGUUUUUAAUAUAAGA